CCCGCAGCCCCGCACGGCGCCCGGGGCUCGGCGGGGCGGGCGCUGCCGGCCGCGAUGCCCGGCGCGGCCGCGGGCUGAGGCGGCCGCCCGCCCGCCGCCAUGCCGGUGAAGAACCGGUACAACCUGGUGGACGAUGGCUGCGACUCCCGCGUCCCGCUGCACAACGAGGAGGCCUUCCAGCACGGCAUCCACUUCCAGGCCAAGUACAUCGGCAGCUUGGACGUGCCCAGGCCCAACAGCCGCGUGGAGAUUGUGGCAGCCAUGAGGAGGAUCCGGUAUGAAUUCAAAGCCAAGAACAUUAAGAAGAAGAAGGUGAGCAUCAUCGUGUCCGUGGACGGCGUGAAGGUGAUCCUGCGCAAGAAGCAGAAGAGGAAGGAGUGGACCUGGGACGAGAGUAAGAUGGUGGUGAUGCACGACCCCGUGUACAGAAUCUUCUACGUCUCUCAUGACUCACAAGACCUGAAGAUUUUCAGCUACAUCGCAAGGGACGGCGCCAACAACUCCUUCAGGUGCAACGUCUUCAAAUCCAAGAAGAAGAGCCAGGCGAUGCGCGUGGUGCGCACGGUGGGACAGGCCUUCGAGGUGUGCCACAAGCUGAGCCUGCAGCACGCCCUGCACAACGCCGACGGCCAGGCCGACGGGGCCAGCGACAAGUCGGCCGAGGAGCAGCCGCUGGAAGUCCACCAGAUAAAGGGCUCCAAGAUCACAGAUGUGGACGAGGUUGGCAUCGACACUGACGGCAUCUGUGUGUCCGAGAGGGGACCCAGAGAGCUGCCAGGUGCCAGGGGGGACCUCAGCAUGCUGAAACCUGGGCAAGCCUCAAAGGACAAGAACGGCCAGGAUGCCGAGAACUGCUCCCUCCACCUGGCCAGCUCCCAGCAGCUGCUCAGCCCGAGCAGCCCCUGCUCCUCAGCCUCCAUCACCCCGCUGGCCUCCCAGCACUGCCUCCAGCUGCUCCAGCAGCAGCUCCUCCAGCAGCAGCAGCAGACGCAGGUGGCUGUGGCCCAGGUGCAGCUGCUGAAGGACCAACUGGCGGCCGAGACUGCGGCGCGGAUCGAGGCGCAGGCCCGAGUCCGGCAGCUCCUGCUGACCAACCGCGACCUGCUGCAGCACGUCUCGCUGCUGGUGCGGCAGCUCACGGUGCUGGAGGCCCGCGAGGAGCACCGGGACGAGCACCGGCAGCCGGUUGACCGCUCCUUGCAAAACCUGUCCCUGGCACAGUCCCUCUCCCUGAACCUGAAGAACCACUACAGCCUGGACGUCCACGUGCCGUCCACAUCCACCCCGCCAGCAUCCUGGGCAGCCCUGUGGGCCCCGGCUCGCUGCCCACCCUGGGCCCCAGGGACUCCUACCUCAACCUCGUCAGCCUGGACAGGGGCAGCCACCGCUAUGGCAGCAAGGAGGGGGACGAGUGCCUGGCGGUGCUGGAGGGGCAGGACGGGCUCAGCCGGCGCGUGGAGGGCUCCGAGGUCGGUGACUUCACUCUGCUCAACGGGAGCGGCCGGCAGAAGGUGGAUGACACGGACAGAGGGGACGAGGACAGGCGGCAGCCGCCCAUUCCCAAGCUCAACCCUCCACCGCCCAUCCUACGCAAAAGGUCAAGCAAGACCUCCCCGAGCCUGGAGGUGGAGGUGAAGCCCGAGAGCGCUGCCAACCUGAGCCUACCCAGUGCCAGCAUCUCCAGCCUCACCAGCAUCACUGCCAGCUCCCUCACCCUCUUGGACUCCGAGGCAAGGACUCCCACACGGAGCGCUGCCUCCAGCACAGAGCCAGGC